UAUUUUCUUGGGUAGGCCCUUCCAACAUGUGUUUUUCUGGAAAGAUGAUUGAAACUUUGGAGGGCACAGUACUUGAAGUUACAGUCCCCAGUUGACACUUGCAUGACCUGAGAUGCUGUUGAACCUUCAAUAAGAAGAUUGGUGUCAUUAGUGCCAUGGAAUCAUGGAUGCCAUGUGAGGCCUAGCAAUUUAUUUGGUUCAGAAAGUGUGUCCUUGUCUCCUAAUGCAGUGAUGGCUUGUGUCUGGAGCAAGUUUAAUCAACGGGAAAUGACAGAAACAGUCAUAACUCCAAAUGGCUCAUCGAGCAAAGCCCCAUCUAAUCACCAUCCUGAUUUAUGGUCGCACUCAAUGAUUUUAAAGUUCUUUUCAAACCUAAACAAUUCUAUGAUAAAUGUCUGAAAAAGCCAGUUGAUGCUGGGAGUUGGUCUCUGUAACCUGGCCAAGAUCCAGUUGUCCUCUUCUUACAGAGCUGAUGAGGACACAGGAUUUGGGGUGAUUUAAUUUCCAGGGUCAUCUGUAAAAUGACCAUGGCGCUUUGGCUUUGACCUACUCCUCGCUAGAUGAGUUCAAACUCUGUGGCAAGCUCCAUCUGCAGAUGCAACAUAUCAGCCUUGCUAUGCCAAAGCCAGAGUACACAGCAAAACCCCUACACUGGGGCCACCUGAAUUAAGGAGAAGGCUACUUUCAUUGGACAGCUAUGUCCAUUGUGAGUGAUGUAUCUGGUAGGGCCAGAAACAGAGGUGCUGUUGUAACUUUGGUGCUGUGGCUUGAUUUUUGAAUAUAAUUUUUCACUCUGCCACAUUCAGAGGCUAGCAAUGGGCUGUGUGGUGCUCACACCUGUAACCUGACUUGUGGUUUUGACGUAGUGCAUUGAUCAAAAUUUUGAAAUGUGGGACUUUUAUUUAAAAAACUGCAUCAGGAAUCAAUAAAGAAAUCAGCGAGCAGUGGAAGUUUUGCCUACUUCCUUGGAAGCAGAGUCUGUCUCCCUGACAGACAGCUACUGUAUUUCCUUUGCAUGUCAGUUCACUGAUUCCUCCAUAUGAUGUGCCUAACACAUCAAAGAGAAACUGCAGAAGUUUGGCUGAAACACAGACACAUGUCUAUUCCCUAAGGCUGAUCUAGACAAACCACAGGGCUGUCUGGACCUCAGAGGUCCUGUGCACACAGACUGGACCAGGGAAGGACCUGCCUGUCCAGUACUCAGCUGUUGCUGUUGGAUUGACUUGUGCAUGCAACCUCUCCUGUGGAAGGAACCCUUUUAAGGGACAGAAGUGGAAUGGGAAUGAGAUUUGAUUCUCAUUUAACAGCUGCCCUGCUCUCUGUUCCUGCUAACUCUCCUUGAAGCUUGUGUGAGGAGGCAGAAGAAAGUGCAAACCCACCGGUACUGUGAAAUCCAGUAAGGGCUCUGUGCAGCCUCCUGGUGACAGGUGCUUUCUGUGCUCUGGUCUGGUGCAAUCAUCAAAGAUUUUUUUCUGUCUCCUCCUACAUGCCACUCCCCCACCCCUUUCUGCCAUGUAUCCUGAGCAUAUACAGUCUUCCUUCCCUCUCUCAGGAGGUAUUGCUCAGAGCUCUCUGCUAACACUGUACCUUUCUAGGGAGAAAAAUCCUGCUUCCUGCCUUUGAAAGAAUUAGAGAACGAAACAACGCAGAAUAAUCCUCAAGACAAAAACUACUUGCUUCCCUCUGUGCUUGACAACCUGCACUAGUUCCAGCAUAGGCAGAGCUGUGCCUGGAGGACUAAGCAGCUGUCCUGACCAUGAGCGAGCAGAGCCACGUCAACAGCCUGUUCCUCAACGAGGAUGCAGCCAAGAGGCUCCACGCUGACAGCCGGGUGCAGCGGUUCCGUCAGGCUGUGCAGAAGCGGGCGGCACGGGCCAAGAAGCGGAUGCACAGCAUCACUGCUGAAAGUGCUAAAAGCUUCUUCAGGAGAAAUGCCUUUGUCCUCUUCACCAUUGCUGCGGUCCUACUAGGGAUUAUCCUGGCCUUCUCCCUCCGGCCCUACCAGCUGACCUAUCGCCAGAUCAAGUAUUUCUCCUUCCCUGGCGAGCUGCUGAUGCGUAUGCUUCAGAUGCUGGUUCUUCCUCUCAUUGUCUCUAGCUUGAUUACAGGAAUGGCUUCACUGGAUAGCAGAGUCUCAGGGAAGAUGGGGAUGCGGGCUAUCAUCUACUACAUGGUGACCACAAUCAUAGCUGUCUUCAUCGGCAUCUUCAUGGUGAUCAUCAUACACCCAGGAAAAGGAUCUAAGGACAAACUUCACCGAGAAGGCAGAAUUGAGCAGGUGCAGACCACAGAUGCCUUCAUGGACUUGGUGAGGAAUAUGUUCCCGCCCAACCUGGUAGAAGCUUGCUUCAAACAGUACAAGACUCAGUACAGCACCAGAGUCUUCACCAGAACCAUCAUCCACAGCAGCAAUGUCACAGCAGGUGUGACAACCACUCAGAUCCCUGUACCUGAGAAUUUCACCAGUAUUAUGGAGAAUGUCACUCAUGCCCUGGGAACCAUCUCCGAGGUGCUGACCUUUGAAGAAAUCAUUCCCAUCCCAGGUUCAGCCAAUGGGGUGAAUGCGCUGGGACUGGUAGUGUUCUCCAUGUGCUUCGGUUUGAUGAUCGGCAGCAUGAAGCAGAAGGGACGGGCCCUGCGGGAGUUCUUUAACUGCCUCAACGAAGCCAUCAUGAGGCUGGUGGCCAUUAUCAUCUGGUAUGCUCCCGUUGGGAUCAUGUUUUUAAUUGCGGGCAAAAUCCUGGAGAUGGAUGACCUGGCAGUGAUGGGAGGCCAGCUGGGGAUGUACACGCUCACUGUUAUCGUUGGACUCCUCAUUCAUGCCCUUUGCAUCUUGCCCCUGCUCUACUUCAUUGUCACUCACCGAAACCCCUGGGUGUUCAUUGCAGGGCUCCUGCAGGCUCUCAUCACAGCCCUGGGCACCUCCUCCAGCUCAGCAACUCUGCCCAUAACCUUCAGGUGCCUGGAAGAAAACAAUGGUGUGGACAGGCGCAUCACGAGGUUUGUGCUGCCUGUGGGAGCCACAAUUAACAUGGACGGCACUGCUCUGUAUGAGGCCCUUGCAGCCAUCUUCAUUGCACAAGUCAACAACUAUGAACUUGACUUUGGGCAAAUCAUCACAAUAAGCAUCACUGCCACAGCAGCCAGCAUUGGAGCCGCAGGUAUUCCCCAGGCAGGACUGGUGACAAUGGUUAUAGUGCUGACAUCAGUGGGGCUGCCUACUGAAGACAUUACACUGAUCAUCGCUGUGGACUGGUUUCUGGACCGCCUUAGAACAACUACCAAUGUCCUGGGGGAUUCUCUCGGGGCUGGCAUUGUGGAGCAUCUCUCCCGGCAUGAGCUGGAUGCGCAAGACUGCGAACUUGACUAAACAGAUCCUGUAUAUAUCACAGACUAUUUGUCCAACUUUUCAAGAAAACAUUGAAUUCUAAUCCUGAAGAGACUUCCUGUAUAAAAAGGGCAAACUGAAGGAUGAAUCAGAAGAUUGUUGGAUUGGAUUCUAGCUCAAAUGGGAAUUAAUUCUGGGAAGUCCUAUGGCUUGGGUUACACAGACAGUCAUACUAGAAAAUCAUAAGGGUCCCUUCUGGCUUUAUAAUAUAUGCACAUACUUUCUGGCUUAGAUAUCAAAAAGGGUCUUUCCAGCCCAAUCAUUUCUAAAAGCUACCUGAAAGGAUCCUAAUGAUACUUAAAUAAAACUCUGCAGGAGCCUAACCUGUUUUCAGUUCCUGUUAGCAGACAUGUACACAUAUCACAAAAGGGACUCUCCAUACCACAUUGCAUCCACAUGUUCACAGAAGUUCCCAAAAAGUGGUAAGCACCAAGCCUUGCCAUGUGUUUCCUGCUUUCCACACAAGACUAACAGAGCACAAACAAGUAGAGGCAUCAUUUUCCAACAAUGCAAACCAGUCUUCCUUUGGGAAUUUCAGAAUUCAGUUUGUAGAUUUCAGUUCUGAUGUUUACCCAUGUUAUUAACCAGAUUAUGAUUCGGAUUAUCUGUUUAGAGUACCUCAACAUCAAAGUAUUGUCAGAAAUUUGCAUAUACUUACAUAUAUAUCUAUACAUAUAUAUGAAAGGGGUACAUAUGUGCAAGCAUACCUAUACACUGAGUCAAUUUUUUUGUUACUCAUCCAAGAAGGAAAGCCAAUAUUACAGUCUCACUAUGUGUAAAGCUGCAUAUUUCAUUUUGGUGCCCACCUUGAUUUACUCAUUUAACCCUGUACUUAAAAAACUGAGGCUGUUCUACUUCGUUCCAGAAAUGAGUCUUUCGAAGCCAGAUUUCCCAGAAAGGAGCUCAAUGCAUGCCAAUUUUGACUUGUACCUGCUGGUGAUGAAAUGAGAACUUCUCAAUGUAUAGAAAAAAUUCUCCACUGUGUCCUUGUCUGUACACAUCUCAAAGAUCCGCAUCCACACUGCACCUGUAUAGGCAAAGGCCAAGCUUUCAGAGCUCAGUCAAAAAUACUAAAGUAUUUGUACUCCUUCCAAAUCCAGUGCUGACCUUGUACUAACUCAGCCUUUAAAACUGGAUAAUUGAAAGGUAUUUUAUAAUUUUAUCCACCAUCUUUUAAAAUUACCAGAUAUUUGUGAGCUUAUGCAGUCUUUACUGCGCUCCUGCUGCUUCAACUUGCAGAAACUUUCUAAGUUUCUCAUACUUGCAAACAGAUCUCUUUCUAAUGAUUAUAAAUGGCAUGAAACAGAGAGCUAUCUCAAUGUGUAAAUACACAAGUAGCUCUUGGAUAAGGACAUAACUCUUCAAUACUAAUUUGGAGAAAAUCCAGGAAGAAUAUGGAUUUUCAGUUAGGCUGCAUGUCAUUUUAUGUAUGUGAUACAUGCACCUUUUUCCAGGAAUCAGAGCUGCCUAUGAAAUUGUAUGUCCUUCUGCUCUGCCCACAGAACUGGAGAUCAGUACUGUACAGUGUGUUCAUGGUAUUCAUGCAAUUUGACUCUGUUAAUUCCUGAGGGCUUUUUCUUCAUGCUAUUACUUCCAGUGUUAAUACAGAUAGUUUCCAUAUUUGAAAAAUAAAGGGAAUUUUUUUCCACAA